GAGUCAUCAUCAAUUUCAAGUGUGUGGUGAAGAAGAAAAUGGCAGGAACAGGAGGAGGAGGAGGAGGUGGGUUCAAGCAUUUAGUGGUUAUUAAGUUCAAAGAUGGUGUGAAUGAAGAAGAGAUUUUGAAAGGCCUUCAGAAAUUGGUUUCAGAGAUUGAUUAUGUCAAAUCCUUUGAAUGGGGGAAGGACACUGAUAGCCAUGAUGCACUUAGGCAGGGACACACCCAUGCUUUCUUGACCAGUUUUGACAGCAAAGAAGACUACAAUUCAUUUGUCAGUCACCCCAUCCAUGUUGAAUUCUCUGCUACUUUUUCAAACGCCAUUGAAAAGAUUGAUGCUCGGUCAACAGCCCCAACGAACCAAAACGCGUCGUGUGACAACGGACGCUGA